AUGUCUGGUUACUAUCCCCCUCCCCCGGGCAGUCAACCAGCCCAGCAGCAGCAGCAGCAUUUUGCCCCGCCCCCGACAACUCCUACUCCUCCGGCCCCGGCUCAAGGGCAAUACUACCCACCACCCCCAACAGUUGCCGCACCCUCAAACACGCAAUCAUACCCUCCGCCCCCUGCUCCAGGGCAGCAAGCACAAAAACAAUAUGCGCCGCCCCCAAACUUCUCUCACCGCACAUCGUACCAGAAGCCCUCCAGUCCGCCUGCUCCGGCGGGUCUUCCGCAAUAUGCGCCCCCGCCGGGGGUAGCUGCUGACCAGUAUCCCGAUGAGAAACAAGAGUAUGAAGAGGAGCAGCAGCAGCAGCAGCAGCAAGGCGUGAACAUGCAUGCUGAUGACGUUGGGACGUUCAAUGGAGGGAGUUAUAGGAUUAGCCACAGGGAUACGAAUAGUAUCAUUACUCUGCAGCUGGCAUUUGGUUGUCCGCUGUCCGUAAAGCCUGGAUGUAUGAUCGCCAUGUCUCCAACUGUAACGCUCAAGGGAAACAUGAAAUUUAGCAUGACAAAAAUCAUGGCUGGCCAUGUUUCACAGUCGACAUUCACAGGCCCAGGAGAACUGCUUCUUGCCCCACAGGCUCUUGGCGAUAUCACGUCGAUUCGCCUCACCGGAAGCGAGCAGUGGAGCGUGGGAAAGGAUGCUCUACUUGCAUCGACGCAAGGCGUGGUGAAAGACUUCAAGCGCCAGGGCCUAGGGAAGGCUAUGUUCUCAGGCGAAGGUCUUUUCGUGUUCAAAAUUUCUGGAACCGGAAUUAUGUGGAUUACCAGCUUCGGUGCUAUUAUUCGGAAAGAUCUCCAAGAAGGCGAGCGAUAUGUUGUCGAUAACGGCCAUCUCGUUGCGUGGAACACGAAGUACGUCCUUGAGCGUAUCGCCUCUGGGGGUAUUAUGUCUGGUGUGGCAUCAGGAGAAGGACUGGUGUGCAAAUUUACCGGUCCCGGGACCGUCUUCCUGCAGACAAGGAACCCAGCCGGAUUCGCCCAAUGGAUGGCUGCUCAGGCUGCUGCUGGCGGUAUGUAG